AUGCCCCUCGCACACGCCAAUAUCGCCGCCUACGCGGCCCCUCGCGCCCACGCUGGUCGGCGGACCUCUACCAGUCGCACGAGAUCUCCCGCACCAAAAAUGAAAUGCGACGUGGCUGCCAGAAAGGCACGCGGAACCGUCGUCCCCCGCGCGGUGGUCGACCCCGCCGCCGUCGUGCCCGCGCUCAACUCUAAACCCGACGAGUUCGCCGUGCUCGAGGCUACCCCCAACGACACGUACGUCGACGUCGUCUUCAAAGACGGCGCAUCCUUUCGCUUCCACGCGCUGUGGCUGAGGGACGCAUGCACCGAUCCGAAUCACGUCGUCGCCGACGCCGGCGAGAGGAUCCUGUCCAUGCUUCCGGUGAACACCGGGUGCGACGCCGACCUCCGCGCCGCGAGCUGCGAGAUCGAUGAAACCGGCGGGCUCAUCGUGACGUGGACGAAUCACGAAAUUCAGUCCACCUUUGGCGCGAAGAGUCUUCGAGCCUUCGCCGACGUCGUCGCUAAGCCCCUCGUCGGAUCCGAAAUUCCGCCGCUCGCCGCCUCGGAGACGGAGUGGCUGGACCCGUUCACCGGCUACCCCGACGCCCCGGGCCAGCCUCCGUCGCAGAUCGACUACUUCAAGAACGAGGACGGCGUGGUGUUCCCGUCCUACGACCACGACGCCGUCGUGAGGGAUCCAAAGCUCAAGCUGGACGUCAUGCGAGACCUCAUGCGCGCCGGCGCCGUCAUAAUCGACGAUGUCCCGGAGAACGAGGUCGACAGCACCACGUUACACGCGUUCGUCGACGACGUACUCGGCGGCAUGCAGAAGGACCCGUGCAGGGAUGAGCGCAACUGGAAGAUUGUCAAAAAAGCGGACGCGAGUUCCAUCUCGUACGACCCGGAAAAGCGACUGAACAACCACACGGACCAGUCUGUUCCCCCGUGGGGCGGCACACCCGCUCUGGUCCUGAUCAUGCACUAUCAGAAGGGAUCCGGGUGUAACACCUUGGUCGACGGGUUUAAAGUCGCCGAGGACAUCCGCGCCACCGACCCGGAGGCGUUUGAGAUGCUCACCGCGUACGGCUCCAACCAGACCAGAGAUUUUGUCUCGUCGAGAAAGGACACCACCCAGACGCUCAACGCGUCGCUCUGCGUGCACAAGCGCGAGCCCAUCAUCCAGCUCGACGAUACGGGGAACAUCGUGCGUAUUCAGUACAACGAGGUGUUCAGAACCCCGCUCGAGCUUCCCUUUGACGUGUUCCCCAAGUGGUACGCGGCGUACACCAAGUGGGUGACGAUGCUGCACGACACAAAGUACGAGGUGGAGGUUGACAUGCAAGCCGGGAAGAUGCUCAUCUUCCACAACUGGAGGACGCUUCACGGCCGCGCGGGAGGCAAAGCGAGUAAGGAUAGGACGCUGAUCGGCGGUACCGUGACCAGGGAGGCGUUCUACUCCCGCGCCACUGAGCUGCUCGAAGAAACCGCGGGAUACGACAUGCGAGUGACCGGAACGAAAGUGAAGUGA